CCACCCUUUGAUGUUGCACACCAGGCCUUCUCUUUCCUUUUUGACCUAAGCACUGCUUGUGCUUUCUUGAAAUGGAUUGAUAGUAGAUUAUUUGAAAAUCUGUACUGGUCAUACUCGUUAAAAAAAGUUGAUCACAGUUGUCAAUUUGACAUGUGACAUAAAUUUUCGCGCCGUUAUCUCAUCUCAUGUCAUGCAUGUCUGACUGUAAACAUUUUGUUUUCCGUGAGAAAAGUGUGGUAAUUUCUGGAUAUUAAUGUGCCCCGUGUUGUUAUGUGUAACUUUUUGAAACCGGCACCAUGAAUGAUGUCCAGGUGUUCAUCGACCGCCAACUCGGCAUAUGUAGGGGAUGGAACUACGACAGCGUGGUGCGGCGGCUGAUGGUGCGGCCGGAGGAGUCGUUCUACUACUACGGGCUGCAGUCGGGUGAGGCGGCGGGGGCGGGCGCGGGGGAGCAGGACCCGCCGAUCUUCGCGUGCCGGUUCGCGGAGUGCGGCGGCUUCGAGCACCUGCUGGCGCUCGCCAACGAGGACGGCCGCGUCGCCGUGCAGAACACGGAGCACGUGGGCUCGGGCUCGUCGCUGGACAGCUUCCAGUGCCACAACAACGCCGUGUUCGACCUCGCGUGGCGCCCCGGCGCGCUCGGCUUCGUCACCGUGUCCGGCGACCACACGGCGGCGCUGUGGGACCUGGCGGGCGGGGAGCCGCGCCGCGCCGCCGUGUUCGCCGCGCACUCGCGCUCCGUGAAGACGGCGGUGUUCCGGCCGGGCGACGGCGCCGUGUUCGCGACGGGCGCGCGCGACGGCGCCGUGCUGGUGUGGGACGUGCGCGCGCCGCGGCCGGACCAGCGGCUCGCCGGCUGCCACGCGCCGCCCGCGCCGCGCCCCGCGUCGCACGGCAAGCGGCCGCGCCUCGAGCCGCCGCGCGCCGCCUCCGUCACGGCGCUCGCCUUCCAGGACGCGCACACGCUGGUGUCGGCCGGCGAGUGCGACGGCAACAUCAAGGUGUGGGACCUGCGCAAGCACUACUCGGCGCACACGCGGUCGCCGCUGCCGCGCCACGCCAUCCCCUACUGCGGCUCGUCGGCGCGCCGCGGCUACUCGGCGCUGCUGGCGCGCGGCGUGCGGCUGUUCGCCUCGUGCAUGGACGGCGUGGUGUACUGCUUCAACGUGGCCACGUACAGCGCGCUGCCCGAGCGCCGCUACGUGGGCCACGAGAGCGGCUCGUUCUACAUCAAGGCGGCGCUGAGCGGCGACGGGCGCUACCUGGUGUCGGGCAGCAGCGACAAGCUGGCGUACGUGUGGGGCGCGGCGUCGGGCGCGUGCGUGGCGCGCCUGGCGGGGCACCGCGCGGAGGUGACGUGCGCGGCGUGGGGCCGCGGGCUGGCGCUCGUCACGUGCGGCGACGACGCGCGGCACCUGCUGUGGCGCGUCGGGCCCGAGGAGCUGCCGGAGGACGAGCGCGUGCUGCUGGCGGGCCGCGCGCUGCCCGCGCCGCCGCCGCCCCGCGCCGCGCGCGACGCCACGCCCCACUCGCUCAAGCGACGCCGCGCCGACACGCCGGCCUCCCGCCCGCGCUCCCCGCGCGCCCCCGCCCGCCCGGAGCGCCGCCCCACGGCCACCAAGCGCUGCCUCGUCGACAUGAUGAACGCCGCGCGCGACGACGAGCCCGCCGGCAAGCGCGCCCGCGCCUCGCCGCCCCCCGCGUCCACGCCCCCCGCGUCCCCCGCGCUGCUGGCGGCGGGCUGCAAGCGGCGCCUGUCCUCGCCCGGCUCGCCCGGCAAGCGGCCCUGCGGCGACGCGGACUGGCCCGCGCUGUCCCCGCGCGCCGGCGCCUCCUACACCACGCCCACCAAGAACUACGAGCGAGCGGCGAGCGGCGCCCCCUCCCCGCGCACCCCGCUGGCCGCGCGCUCCCCGCUGUCGCCCAGCUCGGCCGCGAACCGCUCCCCCCCGGGCGGCGCGGGGGGCGGGGGGGGCGCAGGGUGGCGCACGCCCACGCGGGACCUGCCGGACUACGCGCGCGACGGCGCGGCGCCGCACCUGCGCCUCAUGUCGCCGGGCCGCAAGCGCGCCGACACCACGGACUGGCUCACCCGCCUGUCCCGGCAGCGCGCGCCCCCCGCCCCCCUCGCCGAGCCCCCCGCCACCCCCGCGCCGCCCGUCCGCCGACCCUCCACCACAGACAAGACGCCCAAGAGCAGCACCAAAACUAGAACGCUACUGAAAUAUUUCAGUGUCGCCAGUAAGGAGAAUAAGUAACUGCCAUAGAUUAAGGACGUGAAGGCUUCAUUAAACGAGGCGUGGCUCGCACGACCCGCUCCGUUUCAUAGAAUUUUAUCUAAUUUUAACUUAACGGUUGCUUAGUGUUUUUAAGUUUUCUAUGAUCCUUGGUCAUUGACCGUUUCACUGAGGUCAUAUUGCUCGACUGACGUGACUCGUACUAUACAUAUAAUAAGGGUAACUGAUUAUAUAUGCCACUCUUUAAAUUAUAUACACAUGCAUUUAAUAAAUAGGUACAUAAUUUUAAGGUUGACUAAAUACUAAAACAUGCCUGUUAUUAGGCCCAGUAUAAUAUGACAUACUAGUCAAAGUUCACUGAGCUAUAAAUUUAAUAUACGAAAAAAAACAUGGAGCAGUAUCAACUAUAACCCACCAUUAAGUUGAUGGUCUCGAAAUAAAUGCUUAUGUUUUACUAUUGUUAACUGCUAAUAGUCGUGAUUUUAUCUCAGUUUGGGACGUUUUUUGAUCGGGGUACUUACUUUAAUUAAUUUAUCGUGUUCCUUACCUACACGGCGGCGACCCAGUGUCACUCCCUCGCAGAUUGGAACAGCUAUGUCGCUUACUGUAGUUUUAAAAUGGUUCUCAAACGAUUUACCUAAUUUGUGUUGUGCUCCAUCAGAGAAACCCUGAGCAUAGCUUUAUUCUUGGCCAUCAUUAUUAAAAGUAAGUAUACUGUUCUUCUUGACGCAAUGAAUUAUAUUGUCAGAAGUUUAGAGGCUCUAUCAUAAGCUGAAUCAAGUGAAAUGUGGUAAAUACAAAAACUAAAUCUCUGAAAAUUUAUGUUAUAAAAAGUAUGAAUGAAUGUAUAUUUGGUUGUUUAUGGUUUUAAAAGGUAUAAAAUGCUGUUUGCAUUGAAGCAUUUUUACAUUGUGAUCUUAGCGAAUAAAAAAGUUAUUAAAGGCUAAUUUA